ACAUGACAGUCGCAUCCCAGAAUCCUUCAGCCAAGAUGGCAGCGCCCAGUUGCUAGAAGCACACGUGCGUAUGUAUAUGUGCUCGUUUGGCAAAUUUACUGGGUCUAAUAGCCAGACGUUUAAUAUACGUUUUUAGUCAACUAAAAGCUCGCUCGCUGCUCCGGAUUCUAAGAACUAUGAAGUCCAAAUCGUCUUCGCACAAGUCUGAGAACACGCAUAGGUUUCUCACCUUCUCAGAACGUCUAAGCAAUGUAAAUAUUGACAUUCUUCAUCGCAUUGACAGAACAGGAAGCUAUGCUGAGGAGGUGGAAACAUAUUUCCAUGAAGGACUUGAGAAAUGGAGAGAGCUGAACCUUACCCGGCACUUUGUGACAUUCUACAGACAGGUAGUCAACAAAUGUCAGUCUUUCAACCAGCUGGUGUACCAUCAGAACGACAUUGUUCAAAGCUUGAAAACUCACCUGCAAGUGAAAAACAGUCUUGCUUUUCAACCCCUUUUGGAUUUGGUUGUACAGUUGGCACGUGAUCUCCAGACAGAUUUCUAUCCUCAUUUUCAAGAGUUUUUUCUGUCCAUUACCAAAUUGUUGGACACCCAAGACACAGAGCUGCUAGAAUGGGCGUUCACAUCGCUGUCUUAUCUUUACAAAUACUUAUGGAGGCUAAUGGUGAAGGACAUGCACAAUAUUUAUGGAUUGUACAGCACCCUAUUGGCCCACCACAAACCGCACAUCAGGAACUUUGCAGCAGAAAGCUUCACCUUCUUGAUGAGGAAGGUUUCUGACCAAAAUGCUCUCCUAAAUUUAAUGUUUCUUGACUUGCAAGAGCACCCAGAAAAAGUGGAAGGUGUGGGGCAGUUGAUCUUUGAGAUGUGCAAAGGCGUUAGAAACAUGUUCCAUUCGUGCGCAGAAAAGGUGAUAACAUUAAUGCUGAAAAAGAUGGGCCCUGUUACAGAAACAGAAAUUGUGCUCCCCUGGGUUUCUGUUGGAGAAGCUUUCAAACAUAUGGUAAAGUCGGCUGCUGGGUUCAUCUACAAGGAACAUUUUGGCGUCUUGUUCCAAUGUUUGCAAGCAUCAAUACUCGACCUGCAAGGAAAGAUGACCAAGGACAGCAGCUGUGAAGUUUCUGAACAAAUUGAAAGAGUAUUGCAAGUGUAUUUAAUCUUAGUAGAGUAUGCCCAGGGAUCCAAAACUACACAGCCUGAAGAAGUUUGCAAGACAUUAACAAAAUUGAUAGAAACCCCUGACCUAUUGGCACCCUGUUGUGAUACCCUCCUCAAAGUUAUUUCUGUUCUGCUUCUUGAUGAGAAUGUCUCAUUGCCUGAUUCUUUGGUUAAAGAAACGGUUGAAAAGGUCUUCAGAGGUGGGGUUGAAAGACGUUCUAUUUUGGAUUUUUCUAAGUCCAUGUUUGUGAUGCAACAAUUUGAAAGGCUAUUCCUUCCCAGUUUCCUUGAGUAUAUUGACCACUGUUUUUGUGGAGACGACCCACUGGUUCAGAAGGAAGCCUUGGCAAGUUUGGCCAAACUCAUUCUAGAGAAAGCAGAACCUCCCACUGUUGGUUCAAUGGCAUUUGAGAAGUAUCCUCUCGUUUUUACAGAAUCUGCAAAAGGAGUUAGUAAAAGACAAUUGAGAAGUAAGAAGAUUGGAGAAAAAGAACCAAAAACUGUGUUGGAUUACGUUUUGUCUUGUAUUGAGUUAUCAGAAAAUAGAACUGUGGCUGAUCUUUCUCAACCCUGGGCAGCUCUUGUAGUACUCCCUCAUAUAAGACCAAUCAAUAAAGAAAAAAUCCUACCAGCAGUUGCAAGUUUUGCUGAGUAUCUCUUCACUGCUCUCAACAAAGGACAACUUAACAAAGGAAGCUUGUUUGUUACCUGUCAAGCUGUGAGCACACUGCUUACUUUAGCAGAAUCUCUGGAAAUUCUAGAUCUGUUGCCAGUGGAGCACGUAAAGAAUUUGGUGAUAACAUUUCCUUCAGAACCGUCUGCCUUGCUGUUGGCUGACCUCUACUUUACAAGAUUAACAUUGUGUGGUUACCAUGAACACUUAUCCAAUGAGAGUCUGAUGGAAUUGUUUUCUAAAUUGCAAGCAAAUAUUUCAACCAGUAUAUACAAGGUACGACUGUUGACAAUAAGGAUUUUAAAUCAUUUUGAUGCCCUGCUUCUCACAGGGACAGAGGGUGUGGGCAGAGGGGAGCUGCCGUCCUUGUUUGCCAUAUUACUUCAAGCUGAACUUGUACCAGCAAGUGUUAAUGAUUAUCGUGAGAAGCUGCUCCACUUAAGGAAGCUGAGACAUGACACAGUGCAGUCCUUGACCCCUGAGGGACCUUUGCGUGAGGUACCCCUUCGGUACUUACUGGGGAUGUUUUAUAUCAACUUCAGCCCAUUGUGGGAUCCUGUGAUUGAACUCAUAACUUCUCAUGCAAAUGAAAUGGAGAACAAACAGUUCUGGAAAGUCUACUAUGAACAUUUGGAAAAGGCCGUAUACUAUGCUGAGCAAGAGCUUCAUAAUGAGCUGGAAGAAGAGCAAGAAGGCAUUAUAGAAACUGAGAGAGAGAAGGUUCAUGAAGGAGACAUUGGAACCCUGUAUCUGGAGCAACUCAAAUGUCAGACAUUCUGCAGUGAGAGAAUGGAUCAUGCAAACUUUAGGCUUCUGCUUUGGAAGGCAAUGUCAAAAUUUCCGGACAGAGUGGAGCCCCGAUCAAGAGAACUUUCCCCACUUCUUCUAAAAUUUAUUAACAAUGAAUAUUACCCUGCAGAUUCACUAGUAGCUCCAACACAAAAUCUUAGAAAGAAAAACAAUGGUGGUGAUUCUAAAAAAGAAAAUAUCACUGGGGAAAUAAAUCAGUCUGUCAUGGAAGAUAAUGAGGAGGGUGAUGAUGAUGAGGGAGAGAAACAGACUCCUGAAGAGCUAAUGACCGGAGAGAUGCCGAAAAAGAAGACUAGAAGAGCUGCAGCAAAACAGCUCAUUGCACACUUACAAGUAUUUGCCAGAUUUUCAAAUCCACGCGCAUUGUAUUUGGAACCAAAGUUAAAUGAAAUAUACACUCAGCUGCUGUCCCAUCAAGAUCAGAAUGUGCAAAAAGUAGCUCUUGACUGUAUCAUGACUUACAAGCAUCCAUAUCUACUGCCAUACAGAGAGAACUUGCAAAGACUACUAGAAGACAAGAGCUUUAAGGAAGAAAUAAUUCUUUUCAGCAUUUCUGAAGAAAACACCAUAGUAAAAACAGUACACCUACCAGAGCUUGUUCCUGUCUUAAUGAGGAUUCUGUAUGGUCGGAUGAGAAACAAGACUGGAAGCAAAACACAGGGGAAGUCAGCUGCAGGGACCCGUAUGGCUAUUGUUUUGAGAUUCCUUGCUGGCUCGCGGCCUGAAGAGUUUAGAAUGUUUCUGGAUCUGCUUCUUGAACCUGUGAAGCACUUCAGUAGUGGGCACUGCUGCUCUGCAGUGCUCCAGGCAAUAGGAGAACUGGACUUAUCUCGAGUCCUGCCUCUAGGUCGCCAGCAUAGCCUUUUCAACAGCCUGGAAGCAGUAUUGAAAAACAUGGGGCAUCUGAUCAGCCAGUACUUAUCUGAGAUUUUACAAAUUUUGCUUUGCAUGACAGCAUCAGUAUCCCACAUUCUUCAACAAAGAGAAAAGAUUCAACUUAGAUUUAUUAACCCACUGAAAAACUUGAGGCGACUUGGAAUGAAACUUAUUGCAGACUUUUUCUCUGACUUUGAAACUUACAGCUUUAGUGUGGAAGAGAUUGAUGCAAUUUUUCAUGCGGUGGUUUGGCCCCAGAUCACCAGACUGGCCUCUGAGAGCCAAUAUUCUCCUACUCUUUUACUCAAAAUCAUUCACAUCUGGAGCAAAAACCCCAGGUAUUUCCCUUUGCUGGCCAAGCAGAAACCAGGGCAUUCGGAAUAUGAUAUAUUAUCCAAUGUGUUUGCUCUGCUGUCAGCCAAAAGCCUCUGUGAGGCGACAGCUGGUGUUGUGAUGGAUGUGGGUGACAGCCUUCUCAACACUCCUGACUUUGAACCUGAGGAUAAUCUUUGUGCCCUGACAGUGACUGACUGUGUCUUAACAGAAGUUGAUGAAAUGACAGGAGACUUUCCCAGCAUGGGUGUACAGCUAAUUCUCCCCCAUGUCCCUGCAAUUCUUCAGUAUCUUAGCAAAACUAUGCUAAAUGUGGACAAGGUGAAGAAGAAAAAAUAUCGAGCACAAGUCAGCAAAGAACUCAACAUUCUUUCAAAAAUCAGCAACUUCAUAAAGGACAAGAGUCAGAGUUCCGUCCUGAUUACCCUCCUCCUCCCUUUCCUUCACCAGAGUAGCAUUAUGCAGGAUACAGAGAUUGAUAUCCUGGAAACGGUACAAAAUCUGCUCAAGCACUGCUUGAAUCCAACAAGCUUCCUCAAGCCUCUGGCAAAACUGUUUUCUGUUGUUCAGAACAAAUUGUCUCGUCAGACACUCUGCACAGUUUUUCAGACUUUAUCACAGCUGGAGAGUGAUCUAAAAUACAUUACAGAUACAGUUAAGCUGAAUGCUUUUGAUCCACAUCAUCUUGAUGAUAUCAAUUUUGACAUCCGCUUAUCAGCAUUCCAAGACAUUACUUCUCAUAUCAAGGAGAUGAAAACUGUGGAUGUUAACUUUUUCAUCCCAGUGAUGCAUAACUGUUUCUAUACCAUACAGUUAGGAGAGAUGUCUUUAAGUGACAGUGCUGUCCUCUGCUUGAAUGCGAUUAUUAAUCUGCUUGCUGAAACUGAUCACACAGAAGCUGAAUACAAGGAAAUCAUCCAUCACACUCUUCUGGAAGCUUUGAGAAAAGGCCUUAAGAGUAAGACAGAGAGCAUCCAGCAGGAUUACACAUCAUUGCUCUCCUGUUUGAUCCAAGCAUUUCCAAAAUACCCAGAGUUUCAGGAUUUGGUUCAGCUGACCGACUUCCAUGACCCAGAGAUGGACUUCUUUGAAAAUAUGAAGCAUAUUCAGAUCCACAGAAGGGCACGAGCCUUGAAGAAACUGGCCAAGCAAAUAAAUGAAGGCAAAACUUUAUUGUCCUCCAAAUCUCUUCAGAACUACAUUAUGCCUUAUGCAACUACUACUAUUUUUGAUGAGAAAAUGCUUAAGCGUGAAAAUAUGGUAACUGCUUCAGUCGAAGUAGUAGGAGCUGUUUGCAAACACCUUUCUUGGUCAGCAUACCUCUAUCACUUGAAACACCUCAUACACGUCUUGCAGACUGGACAAAUUAAUCAAAAGCUGGGUGUCAGCGUGCUAGUUACAGUGCUGGAAGCAUUUCAUUUUGACCAUGAAACUCUUGAGAAGCAGCUUCAGGCAAUUCAAAAUGAAGAAACUGAAGUUAUGGAUGAUGACCUUGAAGCAGAGAAUGAGGCCAUGGAGAUGGACCUGAGUGAUGGAGAAGGCGGCCAAAAAAGCAACAAGGUCCUUGCUGAGGACAUAGCCAAAGAGAAAGAGACUGCAGCACCUCUGCCUAAUCAGUCUGCUGAGGGAGAAGCUGAGGACUCCCAGAAAGCUACAAAACCAAUGUCCUCCUUGCCUAGGAAUACAGAAGAGUUGCAGUGUCUGAUUAAGCAUAUUCAGGAAACAGUAACUGGCAACAUCUUGCCCAAAUUGCACAGAUGUCUCAUUGCAAAGGUCAAAAGAGAUGAAGAGCACAAACUUGUGAAAUCUAAAGCUGUGAAUGAUGAAGAGGUGAUUCGGGUACCACUAGCUUUUGCAAUGGUCAAGCUGAUGCAGACUCUUCCGCAAGAUGUCAUGGAAGAGAAUUUGCCAAGCAUUCUCCUCAGAGUCUGUUCUCUUCUGAGGAACAGAGCACAGGAAAUCCGGGACAUUGCACGGAAUACCUUGAUGAAAAUAAUGGAAACUUUGGGAGCACAAUACCUACAGUAUGUCUUAAAAGAAAUGCAAUCAACUCUUGUUCAUGGUUACCAGAUGCAUGUGCUGACUUUCACUGUCCACCUCUUGCUGAAAGGCCUUGCCAGCAAUAAGCUCAAUGUGGGUGAUUUGGAUCCCUGCAUAGACCUCAUGAUUGAAAUUUUCAAUCAUGAGCUCUUUGGGGAGGUUGCUGAGGAGAAAGAAGUGAAAGGCAUCAUUUCCAAAGUCAUGGAAGCCCGCAGAAGCAAGAGUUAUGAUUCUUAUGAAAUCCUUGCCAAGUAUGUAGGAAAGGACCAAGUGACUAAGCUUAUUCUUCCAUUAAAAGAGAUUUUAGAGACGACCACAAGUCUAAAGUUGUCCCGGAAGGUACACGAAACUUUACGCCGCAUUGUGUCCGGACUGAUAAUGAACACAGCCAUGACUGCAGAAUCUGUUCUUCUACUCAGCCAUGGCCUGAUUAGUGAAAAUCUGCCAUUGCUAACAGAAAAAUCCAAAACGAAAUCUGCAGCUCCUCCUGAUCCUCGUCUGCAGCCUGAGAGCUGCCUCUUACUUCUACCAGCCCCAGUUCGAGGAGGGCAAAAAGCCCCUGUGAGCCGCAAGACAAACUUGCACAUCUUGGUUGAGUCCGGGUUACGGCUACUGCACAUGAGCCUGAAGAGGUCCAAAAUAAAUUCUUCAGAUGAGCAUGUUUUAGAAAUGUUGGAUCCUUUUGUACAGCUGCUCAUCAAUUGUCUUCAGUCCACAGAUACUAAGGUGAUCACUGGUGCUCUUCAGUCCCUUCUCUGGAUUAUAAAGUUUCCACUGCCUGCAGUAGAAAAGAACAUAGAACGGCUCACCCAGCAGCUUUUCCUUCUGCUGAAGGACUUUGCCAAACCAGGAGCAGCGAAAGGGCAGAAUUUUCAUUUGGUCGUUAAUUGUUUCAAAUGUGUAACUCUGCUUGUGAGGAAUGCGAAGAGUCACAUAACGGACAAACAACUGCAAGUGUUGCUUGGGUAUGCCGAAGAAGACAUCUACGAUUCGUUGCGACAAACCACUGCUUUUGGCCUCUUAAAGGCUAUUCUGUCCAGAAAAUUGAUUGUUCCUGAAAUUGAUGGUGUCAUGCAGAAGAUUGCAAACUUUGCCAUCACAGGGCAAAGUGAGCAAAUUCGAAUCCAGUGCAGACAGAUUUACUUGAAAUAUAUUCUGGAUUAUCCCCUUGGUAAAAAGUUGAAACCCAACCUAGAGUACAUCUUGGCUCAGCUCAAUUAUGAAUAUGAGACAGGAAGAGAGUCUGCUUUGGAAAUGAUUGCUUACCUCUUUGAAAUGUUCCCGCAGGGUUUACUGCAUGAAUAUUGUGGUCUGUGCUUUGUCCCGCUGUGUAUGAUGAUCAUAAAUGAUGACUCGACGAAGUGCAAGAAGAUGGCAGCCCUGGCGAUCAAAUCUCUGCUCAGUAAGAUUAAACCUGCAAACCGAGACCUGAUGUUCUCACUGGUCGCCUCAUGGCUCAAGAGUGAGAAGAGUGUGCACAAGAGGCUGGCUGCUCAUGCCUGUGGUGUGCUUGUCGAAGCGGAGGGAGUAGAAUUUGAAAAAAGACUUGGAACUGUUCUCCCAAUUAUCGACAGGGAAAUACAUCCUUCAAACUUUGAAGAUCUUACAGAAGAGACUGAAGAAAAGGCUGCAGACAGAUUGCUGUUCAGCUUCCUUACCUUGAUCAUCAAACUAAUCAAGGAAUGCAAUAUUCUCGAAUUAAAUAAACAUAAUAAAAUUCUGAGCAGCAUUUGGGGACAUGUCCAGUCCCAUUUGUGGUACCCUCACAGUUGGGUAUGGUUGACUUCUGCUCAGAUUUUCGGCUUGUUGUUUGCUUCUCACAAACCCGAAGAACUUGUUCAUAAGUGGAGUAAAAGAAAGCCAGAAAAAAGCCAGGAACCUACUGCAGAACCAUCUGCAACCACCUUCUUGACAGAAAAAUUAGACAAAAAGAUGAAAACACUUGCUUUAGCUUUCUGUCAUCAGCUGAAGUCCAAAUUUCUGGAUCCAUCCCUUGGAGAACAGGUUAUAAAGAAUUUGCUGUUUGUAGCCAAAGUACUUUAUCUUCUUGCCCCUGCUCCUGAAGAAGGCAGAGAGGUCAGUGAGGAAGUGGGCUGUGAAACUGAGGAUCAGGAUGCUUCAGGAGGUGCUGGUGAGAAUGAGACUCUGGAGGAGGAAAAAGACGACGAAGAGACAGAGGAGAAAAGCAAGCCAGUCACUUUGUUGUGGGUGAUGAAUAAACUCUUCGUAAUGGCAACCCGAGAAGCUGCGUAUUCACCCAAAGACCAUUUAAAGAGAACCUGCAUCUUCAAGUUCCUUGGUGCCAUUGCAGUAGAUCUUGGAAAAGACAGGGUACAACCAUACCUUCCAACAAUCAUAGCUCCUCUAUACCGAGAACUCAGUAGCACCUAUGCAGAACAAGAUCCAACUCUGAAGAACCUUUCCCAAGAAAUCAUAGAACUACUAAAAAAACUAGUCGGGUUGGAAACCUUCUCCAUUGCAUUUGCUUCGGUGCAAAAGCAAGCCAGUCAGAAGAGAGCUAUCCGGAAGAAAGAGAGAGCCUUACAGGCUGUUGCUAAUCCUGACAUUGCUGCCAAGAAAAAGUUGAAGAGACACAAGAAUAAAAUUGAAGCGAAGAAGAGAAAAAUUGAAUUCCUGCGUCCUGGUUACAAAGCUAAAAAACCAAGAAGCCAUGCAUUAAAAGACUUAGCAAUGGUGGAAUGAAACACCAUAGGUGUGUCUGAUCCAUUCAUGGUUGCUAUGCUGCACAGAUCAUGGAUCAAAAAAACCUCCUUUGAUAAGAACUACAGCUUUAUUAGGCCCUAGUGAAGGCCUAGACUGUAAUUCCAAGGUAACUGAAUUGCUGUAACAUAAGGCAUUCUAUGUAGCAAGAAACCUGCAAUCACAUCGUGUCUUUGGAAGGUUCAAAGCUGUUGAAGAGAAGCCAGACCUCUUGCACAGACAAACAGUAUACUCCUAUCAAUUAUAUUUAUUUGUAAUUCUAAUCUAUACAGACUUUAAACAGAUAUAUUAGGGCGAGGGGAGAAUCUUCAAGUGACAGGAUGCUUAUCAUUAAGGCUGAUUUUAUUAGCCUUUUCAGAGAUCCAGAUCUUAUCAGUGAUGUACAGAUUGUGCCUUGUGUUUUUUUCUAAAUCAAUGUACUUAAAGCAUUUACAUUCUACAUUGUUGCACACAAUCUAACACUUCAACUAACUAGUAAAGAUAUUUCAAAUGUG